AUGGGUAGUGAUAGUUUAGCUGAAGCAAUUGUCCAACCGGCAACUGAUAAACUCAAGAAACUUUCUCAUAAAGUAGGAGGUUCCGGCAGUGGAGCAGCUUCAGGUAAGAAAGGAGGUAUCGAAUUAUUUUCCAAAGAAUAUUAUGCUGCUUGUACACUUGGUGGUAUUAUUGCAUGUGGACCAACACAUUCGUCUGUUACACCAUUAGAUUUGGUGAAAUGUCGUCGUCAAGUUGAUUCUUCAUUAUAUAAGUCAAAUAUGCAAGGGUGGAAAACGAUUUUGAAAACUAAGGGGGAUUCUGUAUUCACAGGUAUCGGUGCAACAUUCAUUGGUUAUUCAUUCCAAGGUGCUGGUAAGUACGGAUUUUAUGAAUAUUUCAAGAAAACCUAUUCUGAUGUUGUAGGACCAGAUUUUUACAGCAAGUACAAGACGGGAGUAUUUUUAGCAGCUUCAUUCUCUGCUGAAUUUUUAGCUGAUAUAGCAUUGUGUCCAUGGGAAACAAUUAAGGUUAAGACACAAACCACUAUUCCACCAUAUGCUUCAUCUUUGUGGGAUGGAUGGUCCAAAAUCACUGCUACAGAGGGUAUUGCGGGUUUGUACAAGGGGUUAAUUCCUUUAUGGUUUAGACAAAUUCCUUACACCAUGGUUAAGUUUGCAAGUUUUGAAAAGACUGUUGAACAGAUUUACAAGUAUUUGGGCAAAAAGCCUGCGGAUUAUACUCCAGUACAACAGACAGGGGUCUCAUUCUUAGGGGGUUAUAUCGCUGGUAUUUUCUGUGCUGUUGUAUCUCACCCAGCUGAUGUUAUGGUUUCUAAGAUUAAUUCUGAAAAGAAACCAACUGAAAGUAUCGGACAAGCCUUAGGUAGAAUUUAUAACAAGAUUGGGUUUGCUGGUGUCUGGAAUGGCUUGCCUGUCAGAAUUGUGAUGAUUGGUACAUUGACUGGUUUCCAAUGGCUUAUUUACGAUUCUUUCAAGGUUUAUGUUGGUUUGCCUACUACUGGUGGACAUUAA